AUGGCUGAAGGUGAAAGCAAGGUUACCGAGACGCUUCUAGAAGCUGUGGCUGCUCUGCUGAAAGAGGUCAAAGAUCUCAAAUCCGAGCAAAAAGUGGUAGUCCCGUUGCAGCAAUCGAAUGAGGUUUCUGUGGAUGCUUUGUCCAGAGGCAUUUCCCCUUUUUCAUAUGCCCCUGAACAAAACCUCACUUUCGACAUGUGGUAUCAGCGCUACAAGAGCACAUUUUUGCUCGAUGGCAAGAAUUUGGAUGAUGCUGCAAGAGUGAGACUGCUUCUUAGACGUCUGGAUGCAUCGUCUUAUGAGCGAUAUGCCAGCAAUUUGCUGCCACGUGAGCCAGCCAAUCUGAGCUUCGAUGAAAAUGUUGCAAAUUUAAUAAAGCUCUUCGGAAAGGGUGAGUCUUUAUUUUGUACACGUCGAAAGUGUCUUCAGCUUAUUCUCAAAGACACUGAUGAUCUCACAACCCAUGCUGGAGUGGUUAAUCGUCACUGUGAGGCAUUUAAAUUAGCGGAAUGUACUGCAGAUCAUUUUAAAGCAUUGAUUUUUGUCAAUAGCCUGCAAAGUGAAAAGUAUGUUCUAGUCCGGGAGCAAUUGUUGACAAAACUCGAGACGGAACCCGCGGAUAAAAUCACUCUCAAUUUUAUGGUAGAGGAGGCUCGUCGCCUUAUCAAUGUGAAAAGUGAUUCCCGCCUCGAUACUCCCGUAGCUAGUGUUAGUGUCUUAAAGAAAAAGGAUUUUGCGCCCAAGAAAGACAAACCCCCACGUCCGUGUUACCUUUGUGGCUCCAUGCAUUUCGUGAAAGAUUGCUCCUACGUGAAUUCUAAGUGUUCUGAGUGUGGCAAGGUCGGGCAUAAAAACGGAUAUUGUCCCUCUUUUCCCCAAGAUUCAGAUAAAAAGAAAUCCACGGGCAAAAAGUAUUUCGCGAAGAAGAAAAAACAGUCCAAUCAGGCUCGCACAAACGCUGUAUUUUCACCCAGAAGUCCUGGAAGGAAAUACCUAUCCCCGAGAAUCAAUGGGCACACAAUUGAAUUUCAACUCGAUUGUGCAGCCGACGUGUCCAUUAUCUCAGCUGACACCUGGAGAAAGUUCAAACAACCCUCUCUCACACCUAUUUCUUUGAAAGUCAGGGAUGCCCAAUCUCACUAUAUCGAAAUUUUAGGAGAAUUUGAGUGUUCUAUUCGGCUUGGAGAAAAUGAGGUUAGGGGACGAUGUCUCGUAUCCGAGAAGACUUCAGGGAAUCUAUUCGGCAUUGAAUGGAUUGAGGCACUGGGAUUGUGGGAUUAUGCUCCGAGUUCCUAUUGCAACUCUGUCCAGCAGGAAAUCGACACUACCUCUGCGAUUAAGGAGCUACAAUCUACUUUUCCUGUGGUGUUUGGUACCGAAAUGGGUCAGUGCACGAAAGCCACUGCAUCCAUUCACCUCAAGCCUCAUGUCAGCCCCGUUUUUCGUCCAAAACGUCCUGUGGCAUUCCACCUAAUGGCUACGAUCGACGAUGAGCUUCAACGCCUGCAAGCUUCGGGAUUCAUCACUCCCACUGAAUAUUCGUCGUGGGCAGCGCCCAUAGUCGUUGCUAGGAAGCCCAAUGGCCGCAUAAGAAUAUGUGGAGAUUAUUCAACUGGCCUAAAUGAAUCGGUUGAGAUGAACAAUCAUCCGAUCCCAGACCCCGACAGUCUAUUUAGCCAGUUUGCCAAUAAACGUGUCUUCAGUCACAUUGACUUAUCAGAUGCGUACUUGCAGAUCCCCAUGGAUGAGGAAUCGAGUCAAUUAUUGACAAUACAUACUCAUCGUGGUCUAUUUCGAUUCAAUAGGUUGCCCCCUGGUAUCCGGAGUGCCCCCGGAAUAUUCCAAGAAAUCGUAGAAAGAAUGCUUCAAGGCAUUCCUGGGGUAAUUUCCUAUUUUGAUGAUAUCUGCGUGGCCAGCAGUGACACCAAAGAGCAUUUUGCGGUGCUCAAAGAAGUCUUCAAACGCCUGGAGGACUACAAUUUCCGUGUUAAAUUGGAGAAGUGCCGAUUUUUUUCGCGUGAAAUAAAAUUUCUUGGUGUCGUUGCAGAUGAAAAAGGCCUACAUCCGGAUCCCGAUAAAACUGAAGCAAUUUGCAAAAUGCCCGCUCCAUCCAAUGUUAGUGAACUUCGCAGUUUUCUCGGAGCAGUGCAGUUUUGGGGACGAUUCAUCCGAUCAAUGAGUGAGAUUAGAACUCCAUUGGAUCGCUUACUCAAGAAGGGUGUUCCGUGGAAGUGGACAGCUGAAUGUCAAGCUGUAUUCAAAAAGUUCAAGGAAAUUAUCACCUCAGAUCUUUUGCUGACCCACUACGAUCCAAAUCUCCCCAUUGUGGUUGCCUCAGAUGCCUCUUCAUACGCUAUAGGGUCUGUAGCCUAUCACCAGUAUCCUGACGGGACACAGAAGGCUUUUUACCAUGCCUCCAGACGCCUGACGGAAACCGAACAGCGCUAUAGUCAAAUAGAAAAGGAAGGGCUUGGAAUCGUUUACGCUCUCAAAAAGUUUCAUCGCUUUAUUUAUGGGAGGAGAUUUACUUUGCUGACCGAUCACAAACCACUUGUGUCGAUUUUCGGAAGCAAGAAAGGGAUUCCGGUACACACAGCUAACCGCCUUCAAAGAUGGUCGCUGAUUUUACAAAGUUACGAUUUUGAGAUAAAAUUUAUCUCAACCGACAGCUUCGGGCAUGCAGAUGUGCUGUCGAGACUAAUCAGUGCAAGUCGACCACCCUUAGAAGAAGUCGUGAUUGCAGAAAUUCAACUAGAGGAGACUCAAGAUCGUCUUAUCGUUGAGGAAGCUUCUUCGAGACUACCUGUGAAUUUCAACAUGAUCAAGCGCGCAACACAAUCUUCAGAGAGUUUACAGGAUGUUGUGAACUAUAUCAAGGGCGGAUGGCCGACAUCACUGAAGUCAAUUCGUUCCAAGGAAGUAGCGAAGUAUUUCAAGAUCAGGAAUGCUCUCUCGCUUAUCCAUGACUGCGUGUUUUACAGGGAGAGAAUCGUUGUUCCAGAGCAAUUUCGCAAGAAAAUCAUCACUCAACUGCAUGAUGCACACCCUGGUAUGUCCAGAAUGAAGUCCAUAGCUCGAGGAUACGUUUUCUGGCCGGGUAUUGAUAGCGAAAUUGAGCAGAAAGUCAAAAGCUGUACAGACUGCGCCUCUGCCGCAAAAACUCCUGUAAAAGCAGAAUUAGCAUCAUGGCCGCUAGCUACACAUCCCUGGGAGCGAAUUCAUUUGGAUUAUGCCAAAUAUCGAGGUGAAACCUUCUUGCUAAUCAUCGAUGCGUACUCCAAAUGGCCUGAAAUUUUCCGAACUCCGUCAUCAACAACCACGCAAACAAUUCAAAAGCUCAGAGAGACUUUCGCACGAAAUGGUCUUCCGGAAACAAUUGUUAGCGAUAAUGGGACGCAGUUUGUAAGUGACGAGUUCGAGGAAUUUUGUCGGAUGAACGGCAUCAAGCAUCUUAAGACCAAUCCUUACUGUCCAUACAGCAAUGGGCAAUGCGAGAGGCUUGUGGAUUCAUUCAAGAGGUCGCUGGAGAAGCAAGGGAGGACAAUUUCUUUGGAUGUUGGUCUUCAAAGGUUCCUGGCAAACUACAGAACUACUCCAAAUGAAAAUUCACCUGAUGGAAAAUCUCCUUCGGAGGUUUUGUUCUCGAGAAAAGUUAGGACGAUUUUUGAUUUGCUCAAAUUUCGUGAUCCGCAGGACCCUCAACGAAACAAGAAAAUGGAAGAGCAAUAUAAUCGCAAACACGGUGCAAAGAAACGCUCAUUCCAGAGGGGGGAGGAAGUCUAUGCAAAGAAGUUCUUCCAAGGUGGAAAGUUCACAUGGGCUCCAGGAACAGUGAUUGAACGUCGAGGCUCAGUCAGCUAUAAUGUGCGUUUAUCCGAUGGAAUCAUUAUCCGCUCACACAUUAACCAGCUUAGAGGCCGUUCAACAAAUUCAGAGAAGACUACAGAUUCACUUCCACUGUUCUUCGCACCCAGUGAUGCACCGACACACCCAACUCCUCGCCAGAGUCCCAACUCUGCGGAUGUUCCUAAGGAUUCCUCAACAGGAUCGAACAACUCUACUCCGAUUGCUACAACGUCGUGGAAACCAACACCAAUUGUCGCUAGUGACACUCCUGAUGGUUUAGGUUUGGAUACGUCGGAACCAGAAUUCCUUGGAUUUCCUGAAACUCCUCGUAAUACCACGCCAACACAGGAACCAAAGGAACCGAAAACACCGGACGCACCAAUUAGACCGUCUUCAUCGCCCAUAGCGCAACGUCUUCGUCCCGGACGUCCUGCUCCUGGGUCCUACACAGAAAGGAUGAGGGCACGUCGCCUCAUUCCUUAA